AUGUCCAACUAUUACGGCGGGCAGCCGAAUAACCCGCAAUACGGCGCGCCAGGAGCAGGCGGUGGCGCCCAAAACCUUCAGUUCUACCCAUCGUCAUACUCGCCCGCCGUGUCGGGUGCUGCAACCCCUCAACAGGCAUCAUAUGGCUACGGCGCCGGCGCAUCCGGGAGCUUCGGGUCCGGCGCCCAAGCUGGCUUCGCGUCGGCUGGCUUCGGCGGCCCAGGCGUAUCAGGCCGAAUGGGCGAGCACGGCGGCCUGCGGACGGGAUGGCUGGCCGCCUUCUCGACAGAGGGAUACGACGGCGAGCCCCCCUUGCUGGAGGAGCUGGGGGUUAAUUUUGGGCAUAUACAGAUGAAGACGCUAGCAGUCUUGAACCCCUUUAGACACAUUGAUCAGCACAUCAUGGACGAUUCUGAUCUUGCCGGGCCGAUCCUGUUUUUCCUCUUGUUCGGCACCAUUCUGCUGCUCUCUGGCAAGGUGCACUUUGGAUACAUCUACGGCCUCGCGCUGCUCGGGUCAACGUCGCUACACAUGAUCUUGUCGCUCAUGUCACCGACCGAGCCGCCGUCAUCCGAGUCAUAUCACCCUCAGUACAAUGACCCGUCGUCGCCCCCUCAACACCAGCAGGGCGGCCAUUUCUCUGCAACUCUCACCUUUCCCAGGUCAGCGUCGGUUCUGGGGUACUGUCUUCUCCCGCUCGUCGUCACCAGCCUUUUCGGAAUCGUCAUGCCGAUGGACACGCCCCUCGGCAUUGUUUUGAGCACUGCCGCCAUCAUGUGGUGUACGUACAGCGCCAGCGGUAUGUUCUGUGCUGUUGGAAGAAUGAAGGGCAUGAGGGGUCUGGUUGCGUACCCCCUGGCCCUGUUCUACGUCGGUUUCGGCAUUAUGGGAAUCUUCAGCAGCAGAGGCAGUGGGUCAUUGGCCAAUGCAGCUGCUAAAAUAAACGCUUGA